ACUAGACUCGACAUCGACAUCCUGACUGUGAGGUUUAAUGAUAGCUAGACAUCAGCGUAGUAGCAGUGUAUGGUUUGUUGGUUCUUCCUGGCUUUUCCAGUGUACGGUGUACCCCAACCAUGACACGGGUAUCUGCUGGCCAGAGUUACUUGCUGCUGUUGUUGCUGGCAGCAUUAUGGUUGCGUACGAGUGGAGAGAGACGACACGGAUCAUGCGUGGCUACUCACUUACAGCAGGCUGGUAUUCCCAGAUUGAGGGCGGCAAGGUAUGAAGUGGGCUUAGCGCAACGACGUAUCCCAGCUAAUGACAUCUCCUCUCUUCCUCUGACCGUCUUGGAAGUGUUUGGUGUAAACAUCACGGCGGAUGUCAUCAAGCUAUCUGAGUGCUUCUCAGGACGUAUUCCAGCAUGUGCUUCAUUCCAACACUGUAAUGGCAAUGGACAGUGUGUACUUGGAGUUGGUCACGGUAGUAGCGGUGAGUCGCGUGUAUACACAUGUACGUGUAAAGCUGGGUUCAAGGGCGAGGAGUGCCAAACCAAUGCAUGCUUGGAGGAUGGAAGCACCCCGACGUGCCAGAACGGAGGCAGGUGUAUUCCUCUGUCCACUGCUCCCUACCACCGCUGCCAAUGUCCAGAGAAUUUCAUUGGUGAAAACUGCCAGUCUGCACGAGAUCACUGUGGGCCACAGAACCCGUGUGCCCAUGGGGGUAGAUGUCGUAGCGUGACAGCAGGAUUCACCUGCAACUGUGCUAGAGGCUACACGGGAAGGAAAUGUGAAGAUCAUCUGCUCACAAAACCGAAGCUGGACGAAUACUUCGCCCACCAGCGAACCGCCAUUCAUUCACAGUUCGCGCAGCAGGACACGCGUAUCUCCAAACUGGAGAAAGCCAUUCUCAACCGUUUAGCAAGCUUGGAGAAUCGACUUCUCGCUAGUGACCGAAAGCGUGCCAUUCCAGCAGGUCUUCGCUUUUUCCGCGACCCUUCAACUUGGCAUGCAGCGAGAUACAAGUGUCGGGAUCUCGGAGGUAUUCUUGCAGUGCCCAGAAACGCAGCAGAAGGGCGCGUUAUCAGUUUGCUAGCUCGACAGGUGAGAGAAUACGCAUACAGUUGGAUUGGUGCUUCCGAUCUAGCUCAAGAAAGUCGCUGGAAAGAUCUCAAAGGUGUUACACUGACAUAUACACCAUGGGAUCGCAAUGAACCGGGAAAUAACCGGGGGGCAGAGCAUUGUGCGCGCUUUCUAGUGAAUGGAGGGAGAUGGCAUGAUGAUAAUUGUGGACGCGCGUUCUCCUUCACUUGCCGCUUUCCAUAAUCCCAAUGCUUGUUGGCGCAUGGGCCUCCAUGCUCCCCUCCUGUAAUGUGCUAGAAUCAACGCCAUGAUUAUUUGGCAUGUACCCUCACUUCGCAGAGCACAAUGGCGCGCUCUUCCUCUCCGUGAUGUGCACGGCUUCAUCUUCUCUCCCCCCUCUGCAUAUAGAUGAUAUAACUCGCAUCCUUUUUCUUUCUUUUGGCGCUACAAUCUGCGUGACGCCAUGGCACGCUUCCUCACUUCACAGAGCACAAUGCAAUGGCGCGCUACCUUCUGCUGCUUCUUCUCAGUGAUGUGCUCGUUGCACCUUCUCUCUCUCUCUGCCCCCCCCCCCUUCUCUCUCUCUCUGCCCCCCCCCCCCUCUCUCUCUCUCUGCCCCCCCCCCCCUUCUUUAGUAGUUGUACAUGUAGUUGGGAAUGGUGGACUCAGGGAGCCACUCACCGUGAUCCUGGCUGUCGUGUUGGAAAGUCAUGAUAGUUGUUGUGCUGAUAUCUGCUUCCUCUACA